GUUUACGAAUGAAUGUACGGAUAUGAUGUGUGUCAGCGUCAGAGUGAGAAUGUAAACUAAAACGACGAAUUUCUGUUUACUUUGUUCCCUGCUAUCAGCCCAAAUAUCACAAAGGUGGUAUUCUAAGUUCUUUGCAGACCUAUCUGCUACGAUCAUGUCGGAAAAAUCAACGAAAUCCGACCGUUUCCCUUCUUGCUGGGACGACGACGAGCGGAUGGGUUAUCUGUUCUCGGACUUCCGCCAGAAUCGCACAGUGAACCCCAACGACUGGGACAACAAGCUGAAGUUCUGGUCGCAGCUGGUCGGGGACUGCUGCAGAAAGGACAAGUGCGCCGUGAUGGACUGCGAGAAGAUGGUGGAGGGGUUCCGAAGGAAAGGCCGGCUACCGAUGGGAAUCAACAGGGUGCUUCGAGAAAUGGCAAACACUGGUGAGAUAGUCAGCACAGCCGACUUUUCUAACAGUCUCAAUAGCACAUGGUUUUCUUGGGGCAUCCACACCUUCUUGAGACAACCCCUGACCUGGGCCGUUGGCUCAGUGUUCAAGCGCAACGAGCAGCCACUGACGGGUAGCUAUAUCGUCAUGGAUGUCUUAAAGGAGAUUUCUAGAUCUGUACUGGACCUCCACCAACGAUGCAGCAACUUUGAAAACAUGGACAACAUUGUGGAGUAUACCACUGUGAGAGAUAUGUGCCAUGAGAUUUGCAGUGAUGAGAUGACUCUUGACCUUGCGCUGCUGUACCUGCAGAAAGCCAAGAGUGUCCAUGUGGAAACAAUUGCCGAUGGCUCGAAGGUCGUGAAAUUUGUCAGCAAGAAUCAGCAGACUGUUGCUCCACUAAAAGAACUCGGCAUUGUGGGUUUACGGAGAACGAUCAACUCUCUGAAGAAGCAGAUUGAACGACACCAGAAGGACAUGAACAAUCUGCGCGAUGAGGCAGCCUUGAUGGUCAGAAAGGGUCUCAAGUCCUCCGCCAAGAACAUCUUGCGGAGGAAAAAGAUUAUCGAGAGGUUGUUGGCCAAGAAGGAAACCACACUAGACACGCUACAGCAGUUGCUUGAUCAGAUUCAAGGAGCCGAAACAAAUACAAUGACUUUGGAAGCAUAUCGAGCGGGGGCCAGCGCUUUGAAGCAGACACUGAAAGCCAAUGGCUUGACACCAGAGGCUGUGGAUGACACACUGUCGGAUGUUCAGGAGGUUAUGGAGCUGUGCGCUGAAAUAGAUGACACCAUGUCCCAGGGAAAUAAGUCCAUUGACGAAUCAGUCUCUUUCUCAGCGGGCCUAGAUGCAGAUGCCCUGGAAACUGAGCUUGCCGAUCUCCUCGCGGAAAGUGGGGUGACUACAAGACAAACAAAUAAGGCGGGGACAGAUCUCUUAGCUGGCUUCCCCGAGGUGCCUGAAACCAAACCGCAGAGUUUGGAGGAGGACAGCACCACCGAAACUUUGCUAACGAGUUAGUAGCAGUGAUGCCUACAACAUUCACGACAAUUGUCCAGUGGGCCAGCUAGUGCCCAGACUACCGAAGGGGACUGGCCACAGCACGUCUGUGGCAUCCAGGAAACCAACUAACCUUCUGUGGUGUCCUUUGAGAUGAAGUGUGACCACUUCCAAAGACAGGCAAUGUUUCUCGUGUCCGUGGCUACUCUCUUUAAAUGACCAAAAAGAACUGCAGCCAUAACCCCAACAACUGUCAUGUUGAAACACAUGAAUUUCCGAGGAGUUUAAAAUGGUGUAAAAUAUUCGAAUCAUGAUCAAUUUUAAAGUUUAUUAUCCAAAAAUUGGGAUUCAGUAAAAUGCAGAAAACACAGGCAAUCUGUGUUUUAGUGACGUUGGUGAAAGAAGCUUAGAACUCUCAACUUCCAACACUGGUUCAGUCACAGACCCAAUUGAGAAUAUUCAAGAAAAAAGCCAUCACAAAGUGUAUAAGUCGCUGACAGGAGAAACUGGUGAAGUGUUAUUGGUAAAAUCCCUGAAACAAGUUGAGUGGGCCCUGAACCCAACCACUUUUUGUUGAAACCCGACAGUGGGGAAGGAUGGUUGUAUGAAAGCAACGCUUAAUGUAGAACCGACACAAAUUUUGGAAAAGAAAGUGGUGGAAAAACUGUUGAUAAAAUGGCCCAAAUUUGUGAGUUAUUUCCCUACAAAAAAAAAAUUCCUUUUAACUCUGCCUUGUCACACUGUAAAAAAAGUCAUUUUAACUGAAAAAAGUAAGUCCAGCUCUAGGUCUCAAAUGACCAAAUUAGAUUAGUCAGGCAGGCUAAUGACUAACAUUUAGCAGUCAAAGAGAAGUCAAAUAUUAUCCAAAUUUGACCAAAGUCAGUCACCGUUGAUUCAAGAUUAUUCCAGUCUUGAUUUAUUAAGUCAUCGAGACCCGGAUUUUAGUCAGUUUGGCGAAUUUGUGGGCACAAAAUGACUAACUUUGGUUUACAUUGCAUCACCUAGGUCUUGGUAGUGAAAUGCCUCCAUGCUUCCUUCAUGUUGUACAUGUACAAUUUAAAACUUGUAAGAAUAAAACUGCAACUUUGAGGCGAGGUAGAAGGUCUGCCAUAAAUAACGUAGCUCAAGAGCAAACAUUAUUUCAACAGUUUAGGUACAGUAAUGCCCUGAUCUCGCCACUGAUGAUGGAAGUCUAAAACUCUUUUCCUUUACGAAAUAGUCCGAAUCAAAUACUCUUCGGGAUGCGUUACUAGCAUCAUUUAUUUAUUUUCGUGCAGCUGAUGAACAUAAUUUUUAAAGGCAAGCUAACUGGAUCGUAAAAAACCACGGGAACUUGGCAGAGCAUCGUACGUGCCGUAUCACUCUGUUCUAUGCAAAGGGCGCCCUCUAUCCGCCGAAUUAAAAACUAGCUUGGACAUUUUGUUGUCCAAUACAACCGCAGCACGUUUUUGUCAGCCGAUUUCAUGCAUUUUAUUUGCAAUGCUUGCACAAGUUGGGGAACCAAGUUGAGGUACUCACUGUCGUACAAAAUACCGCUUCUUUGUGAAUCAUGAAUUUCUACGUUUUCCAGCCACGCCCCUCCCUUCACAGAUUCCUGGCCUGCGAACGCCGAAAAGUGCAGUCAACCCCUCUCUAUCUAUGUCGGCCCCCAAAUAACUGACAUUGAAACCUGUCAAUCACCCUCCUUAAGCAGCUGCGAGCCUGUUUGCACGGCCUGUCUCUCACGGCACUCGAGUGGACAUCUGACAACAUGUUAUCUCUGCUACCAAAAACAUUAAUGUCGGUGACGGCUGGGCAGAAGUCGUCCAAGUUAAGCCGGGCCCAGUGGUCAUCCUCUUGGCGAGUUGCACUGUUUCUCGCGAGCUCACACCACAGUGAAUACUCGCACUCCAACGGGAUGAUACACAACAUCCAGUGUCCUCGACUCUUAAAAUUUAGGCUUUCCCACCCUCCAUCAUUAGGCCGCCAUUGUUGCUCGACACGUUCUCAAGUGGCCUCCUGUUAAUCCCCUCCCCAUAAUCUUCCCCUCCCCCCUCACAACCUCGGUAUCCUUGUGGCUGUCGUCUUCCUGUAUUCAGGUUCAUUAUCGGGGUAUUUGUUGUCCAUGACCCAAACGAUGCGGGUACUGUUGCCUGUCAAUCAAACACUGGCCCGAGAACCUUAAAGCUUCACAACCUGUCGUAUAAAGAGGCCUGCUCCAUGGGCACACACGGUCCUAAGAGUUCAUCAACUGGUGCCUCUUGUAAUCAAUUAUUAAAUUUGAACCCAAAGAAAUAACAAAUUCUACACCCCAGGUUAUGACCAGUUUGGAAAAAGAUAUAAAACUGUUGAAAAAUUACAACUAACCUAUUUUCUCUUCAGAGAAUGGAUAGUUUUGGCCAACUAAUGUAUCAACGUAAGAGAACACCCUACUUUGACGAUACCAGGCCUUUUGUUUCACUUCUAUAACCUAGAAGUAAUUUUUACAGAUGGUCAGCAAAUGUGUGAUUGAUCCUUUAGCCGUUGGAAAUUCACCUGUUUCGAGGUUUGGGGUGAGACAUCAUAUUUCCUGUUUUUAUACUGCGCCACCCCUUUUUGCUGCAUUAUACCAAAGUUUUCCCUGACAUCACAAGUGUAGCCUGCUCACUGACGUUUUCGGUUAAAUACUCCCCCAGUUUUCAACAUGCUCUUGAUUGUGGGAGCACGUAGUGAUUGUAUAUAUGCAGUAAAGACGGACAAACACUCCAAGUAUGCCUGGAAUAAAAACCCUGAAAAACCAUAAUAGGCUCAACAUUUUGAUGAUGUCUCAAUUUAUGUUGGAGCAAAAUGUGACUACAGAAGAAUGCUUGACCUUCAUGAGGGCGAUCGU